CAGAGCCUCCAUCCGACCAAGCCUCAAAUACGCGCCCAUUCGCGCCCCACCACCCUCCAUGCUUCAACAUCCCUCCUGUAUCGAAGUGCCAGCCAUGUCUUCCGCGAUUAAAGAGGUGCCCGUUCACCUGCCUAAGAGUUUCGAUCGACCGGACGAGCCAUGGCAUCACUACCUCACCAUCGACGUGAUCUGGUACGUCCUUGGAUACACAUUGUUCCACCCAUUCGUAUCUUGGAUUCUUGUACUGUGCCUACGGGCGCAAUACACGCGUUAUGAAGCCCCUGAGAUGCGCAUCGCACUGGCUUGGGCUCUGCUCAUGACCACUAUUGGUAUAUUCGGCUUGAUCAACGACAAAAUCGCGUUCGGGUCACCGAGGGAAGUGGACUUGAGUGAGGAGGUUAUCGUCAUAACAGGCGGCGUGGAGGGCCUGGGCGGCCUACUCGCCGAGACGUAUGGCAUGCGGAACGCAAACAUUGCAGUUUUAGACACAAAGAAAGUGGACGAGGACGAGGCAGAGGAGAAGGGUGUCGUGUACUAUCAGUGCGACGUGAGCAAUGCGAAGCAGGUGGAAGCUGCUGCGGCCAAGAUUGUUGAAGAUCUGGGAGCUCCUACAAUCCUGAUAAACAAUGCUGGUCUAGUCCACACCACGUCAAUCCUCGACUCGACCGCAGAAGACGUUGAACAAACUUUUCGCGUAAACACACUCGCCCACUUCAACACCCUCCGCACCUUCCUUCCCCACAUGCUCAAGGAAGGCCGUGGUACCAUCAUAACCGUAUCCUCCGUCCUGGGCCACCUCGGCGCCGCAAAUCUCUCCGCUUACACUGCAUCGAAAGCCGCACUUCUCGCGCUACACCACUCACUACGCGCUGAGCUUGCGCAGAAUCCGGAUGCCAAAGAGAUCAAGACGAUCCUUGUCACGCUAGGGCAGAUGAGCACGAAGAUGUUCGCAGGCGUCAAGACACCGAGCAACUUCCUCGCUCCAGUUGUUACGCCUGCGGAAGUUGGGAAAGAUAUCAUCAGGCUUAUCGAGAGAGGCGAGAGCGGUGAGGUGGCCCUCCCGCUCUACUCGAGGUACAUUCAGAUCCUCGGUGUCCUGCCCAUCGGGGUACAGUUGCUUGUACGGAAGUUGAGCGGUAUAGAUGGCGCGAUUGGCAAGGCUGGCCUUGCUAAGAGAGAUGGGAGCGAAAAGAAGUAAACGAUAUGAUACCCAAAGAUCGAUCUCAAGUCUUGCGCUACUACGAUUGUAUUAUAUAUGGGAUAAUAGAUAUGUUACAUAAUAGAGAACCUCGGGCAAACACUACGUAACAAGAAAGAACUUGUUGUAAGCAGAGA